AUGAGUAUGCAACUCACAUAAAAACCUAAUCCUUUCUUUUAAGUUAGACAAUCCAGCUAAAAUAAGAAUAAUAAUGCUAUCAAUUGUCAAAAAAUGAGAAUGUAAUUUUUAAUUCUUUUCUUUAGGAGUAUUAUUGAUUAACUCUCUCCUAUCAAAGAUUAAUAAUCAAAAAAUACUUAAAGAGAUUCAUUUUAUUAAGUUAAAGGAUAAUCUGGAUCUACUGCAUGUCUUCUCUCUAAUAAAACAUUACCUAGUAGAUUUCUAGAUAGUUUAUAUACAUCCUUAAAUUAUACUCAAGAAAGUAAUAUUGAUAAAAAAAAUACAAUCUUAUCUAAAGGUAAUUAAAAUAACAUAGAAAAUCUUAAAGAACAUCUCAAAUUUGCUCAUUCUUAUCUAGAAGAUUUCAAAAAAUAAUUUGAUAAACUUGUAUAAUGUUAAGUUGAUUAAGUUAUUUAAGUAUUAAAAUCUGCUAUAUCAUUACUAUCAAAUCUUUCAUUUCAAGAAAAUAAUAUUAAUAAGAAUCAAUUAACCAAUCUAGAUGUUGAAUAAUUAUAAAAACAUGUUAAAUAACAAGAAAUUUUAAUUUCUUAAAUUAACGAUGAAAAUAUUCAACUAAAAUCUCAAAUUAAUAAAUUACAAGAAGAUAAUCUAAAAUUUAAAGAUGAAGUUUAUAUUAUUGAUAAAAAAUAUUAAGAUUUACUUAACUUAAAUGAUAAAGAAAAUCUUAAACCUAAUGAUAAUAAAAAUAAAUUAACUUAAAGAGAAUUAAGUUAUAAAUUAGAAUAAGCAGAAAUUAAAUUAUUAACACUUUAAAUUAGUAAUAAUUAACUCAAAUAAUAAUUAUAACAUUAUCAAUUAGAUUAAUAAACUAUUUCAUAAUUGAAAGAUACAGUUAAUACUCUUGAACUAAAAUCAUAAAGUUUAUUAAAUCAAAAGGAUGCAUUACAAUAAGAAAAUGAUCUUAUGAAUUAAAAAAUAGAAAAUUUGGAAAAAUAAUUCAAAGACUUUUAGAAAAAUCAAGAAUAUAUGAAUUAUCAAAAUUAAUUAGAGAAUGAAAUGAAAAAAAUAAAAUAAGAAUAAACCCAAAGCUAUCAAACUAUAUAAUCUUUAAAUAAUACUAUCCAAUAAUUAUAAGAACAAAUAAAUAUAAUCACAACAUAAAAAGAAUAAAAUGAAGUAUUUUAUACAACAUAUCUUAGAAUACCUAUAAAAUAGAAAUUGGAUAAUAAUAAAAUGAACUUCAAUAAGCUAGUGCUAGAUAUUAAAUUUUGUGGUAAGAAAUUACUGAAAUGAAGGAGAGAUUAGAAUAAAGGAAAAUUGAAGAAGACAGUCAUUAUAUGUUAUCUAAUGCAGAAAAAGUAUUGUUCGAAACAUAAAUUUCAAAUUUAAAUGAUAAAGUUAAAGAAUAUGAAUAAAUUUUUAUGCAUUAUGACUAAAAAACUAAGUAUGAAUAAUAUAAUUAUAUUAGGUAGUUAGAAUAAUAAAUAAAUUAAAUUUAAUUAGAAAAAGAGAAUUACAAAUAAUAAUUGGAAAAAGGUAUACCUUAAAACAACAUAACUUCAGAUUUUUAAUAAUUAUAGUGGAAAAUCAAUUAAUUAAGUAGAUUUUAUAAUAUAAUAGAAUAUAAGAUUUGAUAAUCAAUAAAAAAGAUAAGGAAUUGUCAAAAAAGUGCGAUGAAUUUAAUUAGAUUAAAUAGAGUUAUGAUUAAUAAAUAAAGAAAAACUAGAAUUUAGAAGUAAAGAUUCUGCAACUUAUGGAAUAAGAGCUUAAGAUUAAUGGUAAUUUCACCAAAAAGCCAUGA